AUGAGACUUAUGGUAAAGCGUCAGGGGAACCUUGGCAGAUUCCAUGGCUUCAUUGUCUUUGACCGACCGAAACCUGAGAAUAUCACCUUCAUCUGGAAGUCCUCAUUGACAAUUCAGUUUGUUGAAGGCCAAUUUGUUGACUCCUAUGAUCCAACCAUAGAAAACACUUUCACAAAGUUGAUCACAGUAAAUGGGCAAGAGUAUCAUCUCCAGCUUGUAGACACAGCAGGGCAGGAUGAAUAUUCCAUUUUUCCUCAGACAUACUCCAUAGAUAUUAAUGGUUAUAUUCUUGUGUAUUCUGUUACAUCAAUCAAAAGUUUUGAAGUAAUUAAAGUUAUCCAUGGCAAGUUGCUGGAUAUGGUGGGGAAAGUGCAGAUACCUAUUAUGUUGGUUGGAAAUAAGAAGGACCUGCAUAUGGAAAGGGUGAUCAGUUACGAAGAAGGGAAAGCUUUGGCAGAAUCUUGGAACGCAGCUUUUUUGGAAUCUUCUGCAAAGGAAAAUCAGACUGCCGUUGAUGUUUUUAAAAGGAUAAUUUUGGAAGCAGAAAAGAUUGAUGGGGCAGCUUCACAAGGAAAGUCUUCAUGCUCGGUGAUGUGAUGAUUCUUUCUGCUGCAGAGCCUGAAGACACCUGGGAAUUUACUCCACCUGAAGAAGCAAACUGCCCGUCAUCCUUGAAGAUAAAACUAUGCUUCUGUUUUCUUCUGUUAACCUGAAAGAUGUCAUUUGGGUCAGAGGUCCUCCCCUUUCAGAUUAUGUUAACGUCUGACUCUGUCCAAAUGAGUUCACUUCCAUUUUCAAAUUUUAAACAAUCAUAUUUUCAAUUUAUAUAUUGUAUUUCUUAAUAUUAUGACCAAGAAUUUUAUCGGCAUUAAUUUUUCAGUGUAGUUUGUUGUUUAAAAUAAUGUAAUCAUCAAAAUGAUAGACAUGUUACACUACUAUUAACUAGGCUUCAAUAUAUCAGUGUUUAUUUCAUUGUGUUAAAUGUAUACUUGUAAAUAAAAUAGCUGCAAACCUUAA